ACUUCUCUUUAUGAAGUAUCCGCUGCGUCGGGAAUAUGGUGGCGAAGCGAUAGUAGUACUCAUUCAUUUAUAGAUAUAUAUGUAUAAAUAUAUUUAUUUUUAGAAGGAAAACUGUCUUACAUUAGCGGUUGGAAAUUAAGAAAUACUGUACGAUGGAGUGCUUAGUAAUCUGCUGCCAAAAGAGCCAUGAUCCAAUACCCCUUCCAGAUGGAGAGAGUGUAUUACUUGGCAGAGGCCCUCUGACCCAAAUUACAGACAAGAAAUGCUCCAGAAAUCAAGGUUAGUUUAUUCCUUAUCCAGUUUAAUCUACCGAAAUCACCGAUGGAUUGGUUAAUUGAUUACCAAAUGUCAAAAAAUAUUUCCUAUAAAGCAAUAAACGCCAUAAUAAUGACAAAUAAUUAUUUCCUCUCGCGUAUAGCUCUAGCACAUAACAUUCUUCCCUUCCCUGCCCGGUUACUCGCGGACGUUUCAUACUCAGCCGUCUCGUAGCCGCCUAGGACCAUUCACAGUUUCGUUGUUUCUUACAAAUACUUAUAAAUUAUGUUUCCAUGGUAAGUAGGUUUAAAGUAAGUUCGGUUUCUUUAUAAAAUAGAAAUGUAAUAUCAGUGUUAAACAAGUUUUUUUUUCUGCAUGUUGCGCGCGUUUUUAUGCACGACCACCGAACUUAAGCCCCACCAGGUAAACUUUGGUUAUUUAUAUACCAUCCUGAGUGAACUUACUUCACAACCAAAUAAUUUAAUUAUCAAAGCUAAACCAUUCUUGUUCUUUUUUUCUUAAUUUUUUCUUAAUGUUUAAAUAAAAUGAAUGCUUUUGCUUUCUAUUGUGAAUCAAUCACAAACGUCAAAGUUACCUUGCACUUGGCAAAAAUCAAGCUGUUGUUUUUAAGAAGUUCAUGAGUAUGCACAAGAAAAACUCUUCUUAUAUCUUUACUUGUUGGACUCUUUUUUGACUUGACAUAUGCAACUAUUGACAUCUGUUCAUCCUCUUGCAUGUGAAGUUUGUGGCAACUACAGGCCGGUUUUGUUGUCAAGCAUUCUAAGCAAGAUCCCAGAAUCUGUGGUAAAUGACACAAUCCCAUGUCACCUUUAACAGAACUACAGGACAUCGACAGAACUAUUACUAACACAACCUCACAGAAACAUGGAUAAAAGCACUCAACUCAGUUAGGCCUUUGUAAAGUUCAAGAAGGCCUUGGACAAUGUUUCUCAUUCCAUCCUUUUAAUGUGACUGGAGGAUUAUAAGACCUUUGAUGUAGCAGGUCCACUACUCCACUGGAUCAAAAGCUGUCUUAAGGGAGGAGCCAAUUUAUAAUUGUAAAUUGCUCUAAGUCUGACACACUACCAGUCCAAUACCAUUAUCCCCCCCUCCCCCGUAAGGAUUGUUCUUAGGACCAACCUUUCUCUUCCUGUUUACAAAUGACCUGCCAUCUCAUGUGAAAUACAGAUAGUUUUGCUUGUUUGCCGACAACAUGACAAUCUGCUGCAUUGAUGGGAGAGUGGUUAAAGCAAUAUAGCACUGCUGAACAGAGCUCUAGACAAAUUGCAAUAGUGGUGCCUAAACAACAGACUCACAAUCCAUCCAGGCAAAAGUGAGGCCAUGUUACUCUGUCAAGGAAAUCCCCAAGAUCCUCUUCCACCCAUCACUUUAGGAAGUGUGGUAAUUAGUUGGAUAACCAAAUCGAGACUGCUAAGAAAGACAGUAGAUGACAAGCCAACCUGGCUUCCACACUUACUGGAGCUCAAGAAAAUAUUUGCUAAUAAGUUAAACUUUCUCCAUAAAUCAAAUUACUUCUGACUAACGUUUGCCUCCAUCUCAAUUGUUAAGUGAUUCUGCCCUCAUUGUUGUAUGGUCUCAUCUUGUGGGGAUGCUUCUGUAGCAGUGAAAUACUUCAGCCUCUAGCAGGGAUCCACUGCAUAGCAGCUAGACUUAUUUUUAAGCUUCCCUGUAAUUUGAAGCUCAUCAAGUACUAAAACAAGGAAAAUGGUGGAACCUGUAUUUUUACUGCAAUCUGCAGUUUUUAUAGGUAUCCAUAAAACCUACCACAAAAGACUACGGACUAUAACUGAUCACAUCAUAUCCAGACAGACUGUGUUAUAUAUGUCACUAGUGCAAGAUUCAUUCAUUAUCCAUCCUGUGCUUUGACUGUGCUGCAUGAAAGAGUCUCCCUAGCACCCAAAGGUGCACUACUCUAGAACUGCUUGACAAGCAAACAUUGUGAAUUAGUCAGCUUCACCUGUUAUGGGAGCCUUCAGCUGAAACUGAGAUUGUUAGAUAGUUUUAGGAAUUUUAGAUUCAAAGAUUUUAUCUGCACAACACCCAGAUAAAAAGUCCCACAAGCUUUACAGCUUUGAUAUUUAUUGUUUUAAAGUGAAGGAUUUGAUUUGAUGUGGAUGGAUUUGAGGUUUUCUGAGCAAUCGUCUGGGUUUCGAUUGUCACUGAAUGAGAUGGAUAUGAAUCAACCAGCAAAUCGUUCAAUUUUGGGUAUGAAUUGACUGAGUACAAAUGUCUAUUGUUACAAACAUGACUGGAUGCCCCCUGCUCCUGUUAAUUUUUAAACCAAACUUUUCAUGUACAUCCAUAUCUUGAUAUAUGCAUAGCUGAGAGCAUGAGCUGAUUCUAAAAUGACUUGAUAGACACAACUUGUGGACAAGUAAUCAGACUAUUGACAUAAAGGGGGGUAAGUUUGUAAAGAAACUGUGGUGCUGUGUUGGUGGGAGAGUAUAACAGGGUACUUUAGUAUUAUCAACUGAGUUGAUAAUGUAAAUUGGCCACCAAUUUUCAAAGCUGACAUUUUGAGCAUUUGGCCCUUGUCAGAAAGAAGGGCUAACACUCAAAAUGUCAGCUUUUAAACUCUGUAUGUUGGCCUAUUUAUGUUGUCAACUCUGUUGAUAAUACUAAGUUACCAGAGUGUUGACAUAAUUUGACAUGUGAUUGCCCAAAGGCUCAGAAUAUUUUCAAACCUUUAUGAGGGAGACCUACAGUACUGCUUCAAUUUUACUUGAGUGUGCCUUCUUAUAGUGAAUUAACGAAGUACAAAAACUUAACAGAUUUCUUUGCAAUUUGGCUUGAAGACUCCCACAAUACCAACCAAAGAAAUCAUUUCCAUUUUUCGUAAUUGAGCUCUCAGGAUGGCUUCUGAUGUACCACAAAUGGCUAAAAUUUUUGAAAACAAAUUUGACAGGAAAAUUGCAAACUAACCAUAGGAAUGUCGAAAAAUCCCAACAUGGUUUUAAAGACCAGUCCCUCAGGAUUGAAAUUGUGUGGAAGUUUUGUUUGUGAGGUCUCUUUGAUGACCUGAUUAUUAAUUCCCCAAUUUCUUAUGACCCACAAGGGAUUUUUAAAAUGCUAUCUAGAAUGGGACAUUAUUAUGGCCUUUGCAAUGCCAUAUGCAUGGUACCUCUAUGGUGCCAAAAUUGAGUGAUCAAGUUUGUUUGAAUUUGCAGUUCAGCUCACAGCAAAUUAUGUAAAAAAGGAAGUGCUUGUUACUCAGGUAAUUAGAUUCAAUUUUUUUAUACUGACAUUUGGGUUUGAGAAGUGAAGUCCUAUUCAGGUUUUCCUGUGUUAACCCUUAACUCCUAGAAGUGAUCAAACUUCUACCUAUAAUAUCCAUACAUUGUCCAGCAAACAGCAAAUAAGAAUACCCAAACUCACCAGCUAGAAGUUGUUAUCUUGAUCUAAUACCAAAUUCUCCUAACUUCUUUGCAAAGAAUUGUGUUAAAGCUGGAGGGGAGAAUUAACAAUCAGAUCUUGGAAGUUUAAGGGUUAAUUUGGUUUAUUAUAGUGACACACAUAUCUGCUGUAGAUUUGUUGUGGAAAUUUUUUUCAAAAUUUUUAAAAUAUAUUUAUUGAAAGCUUUUUAUCAGGAUUUGGAAGUCUUUGAAGUGACAUCUGAGUUGAAGUAGAAUAUAUUUGGCUGGUCAUGUUUGGUGUAAUAUCUUAAUUUAUUUAUUUUGUGUCUUCCUAUUGUUUUUUCUGUUUAUCAUUGAAUGCAUUUAUGUAUUCAUUAAUCUAUGAAGUUUUAAUUUCAAGAUUAAUAAAACUUUUUGCAAAUCAGCUGGGUAACAAUUCAAGUUCUGUUGGAGGAGUGAGUCUUAGCAAAGGAGACUCAACAUCUCUUGGUCCUGGAGGAACUUUCUGUCUUCUUGGAGACAAGUACUCUCACUUCAUCUAUUUCAGUCAACUUCAACCAUCUGAAAGAGAUAAAAAUGAUGAUGAACCUAAAGCCAAGAAAGCUUGUUUUGAUACUUUAAGUGAUUCAGAUGAUAAUCUCACAUCUGAAGACUUAGAGGACAUACGCCGUGAAUUUGGCCAAGAGAUGGUGGAAAAGAUACGACCACAAAACAACAAAAAAGUUGAUCUUUCAAAAGGGGAUCUAGAUUCUUGUAAUUUGAGGGAGUCAUGGAAGGAUAUUGGAGGGGAGCUAAUUGUUUUUACCUGUAGAGGGAUGGAAGCAAGUUCUAAGGUAUUAUAAUUGUUAAAUUAGGAACCUUCAUUGCUUAUGUUUUGCAAUGAUUUGGUGUGAUGAUAUUACCUGCAACUUCAGUGUGCUUAGACAAACACUGAGUAUUUCUUGGCUGCAGUUAGUACCUUUAAAUUUAAUUUUUAAAAGUUUGGCCAGAUUAUGCACUUGCCAGUCUGUUCCAGUCUUUAUGACUAGACUAAAAUACUUUUUAAGCUACAAGGUAUUAGCAGGCUAAUAGUUUAAUGUGUUUUAAAAUAAUAAGUUCUUGUCUGUUAGGCUGUUUUUAACCUUCAACAAAGCUCCCAGUGAGGUUUAAAAAAAAAAGCAGCUGCAAAUUGAUUAAGCUGAAAACUAUUUGCAACCUUAUAAUUGUAGUUCUGUUCCUUUGUGAAUUGUUAUUUUCCUCUAGGGUAGAGCAGAAUGCUGAGCAUUUCCCUUACACUCUUGGUUGGUUAGGGAAGGGAAAGGGUGGUAAUUGCAAAAAAAGGGUUUUAAUGCUUGGUCUUUAAGAGUGAUGAUGCCUGUGCCAAAAAAUCACAGAUAUUCACCCCUCCCCUCCUUCAGUCUGCCUUGGCUCAUCAAAUCUUUCAAGCAUAUUUUUAAUGUCUACAAAAAAUGAAUUUCCUGAUGCUUAAUAAAGACAGCUUCUUUUGCAGAUUGCUGGUUUUGACUUGGAUGGAACACUGAUCACCACUCAGUCUGGGAAGGUGUUUCCUACCUCAAUAACAGAUUGGCAGUGAGUUCAAUUGGAGAUUGAUAGCCCACAUUAGUGUCUUUCUAUAUUCAUAAUAAGUGCCUAAAUGUAUUACAUUAACUGUAUCUUUGUGUAAACUAUUUCCCACAUUUCAAAUAUUUGACAUAAUUACAUUUACCAGAAAUAUAUUGAAUCUGCACAUGGUCAAAAUGACUUCAAAAUCUGCCUUUCAGCUUAGCCAUCUAAAUACUAUCAAAAAAAGCUUGCGGUCAAGUAGGGAAUUUUCUACUUAUUGUUGGUCAGACACAAGUCAAUUUAUUAUCCAUUUAAUUGACUCUUAAGAGCAACUAGCAUCUAAAAAUAAAUAACCCCCCCAAUCACACAUUAAGGUCACAAGAUGAUUUUUGGUUAAGCCUUAAUAACUGGUUAAUAAAAGCUGUUUUAUUGUUUAGAAACCCUUCUUUAGUUAUUUAUUUACUCUGUUCUGUCUAGAAUACUAUGUCCAGAAGUUGUUCCAAAACUGAAAGAUCUUUGGCAUAAUGGAUACAAGGCUUGUAUCAUCAUUUUUUCCUUUCAACUAAAUUGGUUAACAACUUAAACAGGUUUGGCCAUUUGACAGUAUGUUUUUCAUGUAUCAUGCUGGAACCUUUGCAAAAUUUAUUUUUGUUAUUUGUUUGUAAUUUAAUUUCUUCAAUUUAUUCCAUUUCCUUAACAGGUUGUCAUUUUUACAAACCAGGUAUAGUUGAAAACUUGUAUUUUUUCCCCUCAGUGUUCAAAAUUGUCUAAUCAGUGGAGAUGUAAGCUAUUAUGUCAUAUGUCUUGUGCAUAAGUUUACCAAUGCUUUUCAUGACAUUGUCUCUUCCAUUCCAUGUAACAACAUUAAGAGCAGAAUUAUGGUUUACUCUGACAAAGGAUCUUUUUCAGUGUUAAUUUACGUGAAAAGCUAGUUAAUUGAUUGACCUAUGGAAUAGUUUUUGUUGAAAGUAAUCAGUUUUUAAGAAAAGGUUUAUAUCAGUUUGUUGUAAUGAAUCAAUAACUUCAUGAUUUAUGUCAUUUUAAAUGCCAAAGAUUUUCCUGACUUAAGAGAGGUGGAUUAUGUUUGUUCCAUUGUUGAUCAUGGCAGUUAGAAAGUCACAUUUAAUGAUCAGCAGCAAACAGAUUGUACUGCUGGUCAAAUAGCUUGUUUUGAUAAUUCUCUCUUUUUUUUAGAUUCUCUCAUAUGGGUUGUUUCAUUCUGGGGUUUUACAACACUAAGUCCUCUGUUUUUCUACCAGCUUGGCAUUUCCAAAAAGCAGUUAAAGGUAGCAGACUUUAAGUCUAAGAUUGAGCAGAUCAUUAAUUACCUCAAAGUACCUGUGCAGGUGAGAUAAAUUAUACUCAUGCCCUUGAUCAUUCUGAUUACUACUUAUAUUUUAUGGUGGGUAUUGAUAACUGGUUAUUAAUAUAAAUCUAGACUACAGUGUGAGCAUUUAAAGAGAGUGGGGACUGGCUUCUAGUUUAUUCAAGCUUAAACAAUACUGCUUAAGGAGGUCGAUUUGCAAGACACUUCAAAAUAUAUCACAAGUGGCCACGAAAGGAAAUAUUGCCAAAAUUGACUUGAUUUGACAAAAAUUGAAUGACUUGUCACAGUUGAUGUUGACCUGUCAUACCAGAAGUCGAUUUGUAAGGCACUUAAUUAGAAAAUAUUCUGCGAGGAACUAGGGAGGGGGUUGGAGAUGUUGACGAAUCAACUUGAUUUGACUCGGAUUGAAUGACUCAUCACAAUUGAUGUUGACCUGUCAUACUGGAAGUUGAUUUGUAAGAAAUUGACUUCCAGUGACAUGGAUCAACUUUGCUAAUGACAAGUUGAGUCUACCUAUGUGAGUUGUGUCAAUUCGUAAACAUUGAAUACCCCAAUUUAAUGCUUAUACUUCUGUGAAUCAACUUCUGGUGACGGAUCAACUUUACUAAUGAUGAGUUGAGUCGGUCCUUGUGAUUCGUCAACAUUGAAUACCCCAAUUUAACGCUAAAGUAUGUAUUGUCUUCUUUUGUGGAUUGACAUCCAAUUAGAUGCAUCAACUUUACUAAUGACAAGUCGAGUCGACCCGUGUAAAUCAUGUUGAUUCGUCAACACUGAAUACCCCAAUUUAACACUUAAGUAUGAAUUGUCUUCAUGUGCAAAUCGACUCAUGGUUAGAUGGAUCAACUUAACUAAUGAUGAGUCGUGUUGACCCAUACAAAUUGUGUGGAUUCAUCAACAUUUAUUAUGCCCCUGUUUAAUGCUCUAGGAGGGAAGAAGGUUCAUUUUUAUAUUUAUAAUAUUCUGAUAAUGAACUUCCAGCCAUUUCACCCUUUAAGAACAUGGAAGGUUCAUGUAGUCAUAUUCUCUUUUCAUGCUACCCAUUUUCACACAUUGCUUAGGCCCCCCGACUUCCAGUAUGUUUAUGCACUAUUCAACUUCUGGUAUACCAUGCUACUCAUUUUCACACAUUGCUUGCCACCCUCCACUUUCGGUAUGUUAAUGCACAAUUCAACUUUCACUGUAUCGAUUUGUCAAUGACUGUAGAUGAAUCAUAGCACUUUGGGUGUAUUGGACAUGUAUGGAAAUUAGAUGGCACUUGUCAUAUAGUCUUCCUUUUCUUGAGACAGGACAUGUACUUCCCUGAAAGAGCACCUGGAACUCAACUUCACUUGCAUUUGAUAUUUGAUCUUUAUAGGUUUUAAUUGCAACAGGAAAUAGUGUCUACCGCAAGCCGCUCACUGGAAUGUGGAAGCACUUAAUCACACAGGUAUUACUUUUGGUAAACAUUGUUAAUAUUUUCCCAAAAAUAUUGAUAUUUGCAUGCAUUAAGCAAGGCCCAUGCAUGCAAUUCAUCCAAAUUUACUAAAUUUUGUUUAAUUAUUGUAGUAAGUAAUCACAAAAUUCACUACAUUUCCUUAAGCAUGACUAUUUUUGGUGUAAGUGUUUCUUUUAGUUGUCAAAUCUACAUUGUCUUCCCAACCAUUCCACUGGUGAAGAAAUGGGAAACUGGAAGUGAGAGUCACGAGCCUCCCUUAUUAGGUUUGCCUCCCAGUCUCCAACAUCAUUAGGUCCUCUGCUUGGGGGUGAUACAAUGGCUGAAAUUUUGUCUGAGUACAUAAAGUUGUCAAACAGAUUAAACUGGCAUAUAUCUGUUGCCACAGACUGCUGGCUAGAAUGACAUGCCUGGUUUUUUUUCUUCCUUUUGCUCCAUCUAUGAUCAAAAUACACCCCUGUACUGUGGACCCACAAAUGAAAAAGAAAUGCCAAUAAGGAAAGAAACAGGCUUCAAAGUCUUAAAAUUGAAAAUCACAUCUUUCCCAAAUAUUUUGUUGCACUGCAUGAGCAAUUUGAACUCUUGUCUUCAUUUGAUUUUGGUUGCCAUAUGGCUAUAAAUUACACACAUUUGGCAACUGGUUUACCAUGUUAUGAGGUUUUACCCAUUUUAUCUGAUUUGACCUUUCUAUGUGAUGUUUUUCUCUCUUCAAGUUGAUUUUGCAUAUCUGUUUUUGCUUUAUUUUACACAUAUUUGGCAGCUAAUAUUUACCAUGUUUUGAGGUUUUACAAAUUUCAUUUGAUGUAAUUGACCCUUCUUUCUAUCAUGCAAUCACCUUGUGAGCUUUUUCUCUCCUAGAGCAAGAGUCUUUGUUUUUCAUUUCCCUUGCAGCUUCACAACUGGCCCAAGCACUUUUUAACAUAAACGCCAGCUUUGCACACUAGUUAUUAUGAUCUUGCAUGUAAAAUGGGCUAUGUAUUACACAAGAAAUCCCCAAACAAGCUUGAGUUAUUCCUUUGUUUAUUAGUUUCAUGUUGUAUACCAAAAAUGUGUAACGAAGGAACACCCUAAGAAUUACAUCAAUAGAAAUAUCUAUUGGAUAUUAUUAAUUUACUAUUUUUCCUCCCAAUAAAAACCUCACUACAAUGUUUUCACCUACUCACUCACCAUAUUAUCGCAUCCAGUGAUAGUUUAUCUCUUACUAGGUGUAUUCUCCUAUGUGGGGAGGUACUUGAGGCUUUUUUCAAUUUCAAUGUUUGGUUCACUCGUCUCUCCAUGAAUCAAUAAGGGUACUUAACUAAGAAAAACAGACAUUUAUCUUUGUACUAGGCCAAUGAUGAUGUUACUGUAGAUGAAAAGGACAGCUUCUUUGUUGGUGGUAAGAGAUCUACUGAUGUCAUAAACAGAUUUGGACAUUUAUGAAUUCAAUGUGUUUUCCUUUAACAUCAAGUAAUAUAGUAUACCAUGCACAAGAUACUUAUCUGAAGAAAUUAGUUGCAAUAUGACAUGACAGACUGACUUCAGUACCCAAUGACACAUCAGAACAUAUCCCUCUUUCUUUUCAUCCUAGAGUCCCUUAUUUGAUUAUACCAGUAAAAGGAAAAACCUUUAAGUUAUACAACCAAAGCUAGGGAACUUGAAAUCACAUUUCUUGUAUCUUAGAUGCAGCUGGGCGACCAGCUGGCUGGGAGCCAGGAAAGAAGAAGGAUUUCUCUUGCAAUGAUAGAUUGGUGACUGGCUUUAUUUUUUUUUAUAUCAGUGAGCUCUGUAAAACUGUAUUUAUUUUGUCCAUAACAGCACAGACAUGUACAUAAGGGUACUUCUUUAACACUGGAUGAAAUAAACAGCAAAAAUUUAGUUAGUUUCUAAGUCCACUAUGAGGAAGUGAACCCAGACCUUCUGAUUAUGAUGUGCCAAAGCUCUGUAUUUCUAAUGUGCAAUUCUCUUGGCAAUCUAUUUCAAACUUCAUCAUCCUUAAUAACUUUGUGGUAUUUGGGUGUCUGUCCUUAGGUUGGGAGGUUUUUGGUGUGGGGGCACCAAUAAAUUUUAAUCAAUUCUAGGAAAGGGCUCAAUAGAGAGAAUGUGGCAUUAAGCAAAACUUAGAGGAGAAAAUAAACAAUCAAGGAAAGAGACAAAUGAUUAAAUUUCAUCAUUUGAUCCUUAAUAAUGGUGAUAUUGAUUGCCUACACUUGUUUUACAAUAAUUUUCUCAAUACCUGAAGAGAGUGCAUGUCUACUCAGGUGACAGAUAAUAGCUGUUUUCCUACAAAUGACUUCUGCAACAUUUUUCAUUGACUAUGUAAUAAAAUUUUUAAAAAAAUUAAGUUUGCAGAAAACAUUGGAACACAGUUCCACACUCCAGAAGAAUUCUUCCUAAAGUAUAAGCCAUCACCAUUUGAAUGGCCAAAAUUUCUACCGGUAUGUAUUCUAGAGGGCUUUAUGUUCAAAGGUAUUUUAAAGAAUGUAAUAUAUAGAGGAGCUGAGGGCACAUGCAUAAACUGCAGGGUCUGAAAUUGCAACCAACUGGUUUCCAAUACAACUGAAAAUUGAGUGUUGGCAACAAGAUUUUAAGUUUUGGUAGGUCGGACCAUACCAAACCUAAUUUGUUAAGGACACAGACAUUGUACCCUCCCAUAAAAAAACACUGAAUUUCAGACCCAGCUUCCCAUUUGAUUGUAUUUAAUAGUUUUUCAUUUACAAACCUUGCUUGGGAAUGAGUUUAGAAUUAAACACCUGUGAUGGUAUGACCCUACCUCCAUAACACACAUAUUGUAUGUUAUCUUCAGAAAAAUCUAGAUGCUAAUGGAUCUUUAUUAAACCCAUCAAAUGCAAAGUUGAAGUCAGAAGGUCAAGAGGUACUGAAAAAUGUAGAAAAUUGACUCUUCUAGAGGUGGGCAGUAUUGUUCACUCUUAUAAAUAUGUAGCCUCAUUAUGACUUGUUAAAUCAUUCUUAGCCCACCCUUCUGAUAAAUAACUAUUCUGAUUUACGUCAACGUAGCUUUAUAAGAGUUACUUGACAUCCUUUGGCAACGUUAUAUUCAACAGAUACAUAGCUUAUAGUAGCAACUUUUCCUCCUUACAAUUUUCUCCUUUUGUGUGGCAAAUGUGUCACAAUUGGCUAAUGUUUUACAUAUUCGAGUUAAUCCCCAUAAUUGAUCAACUGUAAAUUGAAACCACGCAAAAGACAGUAUUUUUAAGACUUUAUCAAAGAACCCAUCAGAAAUAACUGACUUGCAUUUGUCUUGUUACAGCUAAUUGUUAUGGUCGGAUAUCCCGCAUGUAAGUAAAUUGAGGUGAACAGGAAGGUCAGACUUGUCUUUAAACAUAACCAUUUGUAGAGCCUAACGGACUUCUUUACUUGUAGAGUUGCUCGUAACUAUUUCCAAGACAAGCGACUAAAAGUAUACACUUCUCUUCAUUUAAUUUUGCUCAUCUGCAUUCCUUUCUGUUUUAAAUGUAACACAAUGGAACUUUCCGUUCCAUGUACACUCUUGGCAUUAGGAAAAGUCUCUUUUGAAAAGAGGUGCCUCUUCAGUGUAGAUAGUAUGUGACUGUUACUAUGUUUCUAAUAAUUUUUGUUGGGUAUUCAUAACCAAGUCGGACUUGAUAUUUGUUUUGCGAACAGGUUCAUAAUUUAUUACGAAUUCUGAUUUCCCAGUUUCACUACGAGAAUGCUCUGUGGUUCGUUAAAUUCGUCAUAACUAGGUGAAAUGUGAGCGUUAAAUCAAUCUCUUCCCUAAUUUUCUGUUUAGAAACUAGUAACAAAUACAAAACAACGUUUGCUGUUCUAUUCUUCAUUCAGCUGGGAAAACCACCUUUGUUCAAGAUUAUCUUCUACCGCUGGGUUACGUCCAAAUAAACAGGGUAAGACAUUAGCGCUAGCUUCAUGUCUUUCACUAAAAUGGUUCGAUAUAAAGCGCUGCUAUUUCGCGGUUUCUUUGGCAUGCUAAGAGAUUGCCAUUGAAAGCUCUUUCGUCAUUCCUUGAAUGUAUGCAAGACAUUUGAUGAUUAACAGGUAUGGAAAGAAAAGUGAAAGGGCAAAAUUCUCGCCUUUCCUUUGAGGUGAUAGAAAGCAAUGGAUCAGAUCCACCAGCAUCCUUUCCACGAAGAGAUGGAAAGAGCAGCUGUACUCCUAGCCUCUUACUGGUAUAUGUAAUUCAAGCCCUUGUUAGUUAACUUUAACCAAGGUAAUACAUCACAAUAUGAUAGUAGGUAACGUGAUUAUCUUUGUUCUAUAGGAUAUCCUAGGUACAUGGCAGAAGUGUGUUUCUGCUUGCAAGGAUGCAUUGUUAUCGGGUAAAAGAGUAGUAGUGGACAACACAAGUCCAACAAGGGAAGCAAGAAAGAGGUACUGGUCACCGCUUUUAAUCACUCCGACGUGUGUGCCCUGCAGUCUACAACUUUGCCUCAUAAAAUAUUUUCUAAAAUUUUAAUUUUUAUGAAGAAAACUUUACUAUAUGCAGAACUACUUACAUCUCGUUGUAAUGGUUUGUGAAAGAUCGUCAGUAGACGGAACCGAUAAAAUUGUUAUUAUGAUUAUUACUUUUAUUAUAAUUACUUUGAGGUAACAAGACUUGCCUUUUUUUUAAGCCCUUAAAAUGUGUAUUUCUUCACUUGUGCACGUGAUGGAUAGUGUUGGCAUGAACAGUGUACCUUGGUUUAAAUGCGAUGACAAAAUUUUGUUUCAUCACCAAAUGGCGUUGUUGUGAUAAGUGUCCUAUUGAAUACGAGUUGUUCAGUAAUUGCACUCUAGUGGGUAACUGUUCGACUUUAAGCAGCCUUUGAGAUUUGGUUACUUCUACAAAAAUCUAUGUUAAAAAGUUUUUAAAACGUUUCAUUUUAUAUGUCAACAAAUUGAAAGAAAAUGACAUAAAAUUAACAGUGUAGCGUUUAAGGAAAUCUCUUUUCAAAGCAAACUAUUAAAAUUAUUUCGACAAAGUGCGGCAUUUAACCUUUUUUGCAAUGAAAUAACUUGUAAACUUGAAAAUAACCAUGAAAUGCUUUGAAUAUUUAUGUUCUGCUCCCGUAUUGUUUGUACCUAAUAUACAUUUGCAUAAUAAAUGAUGAAGUUGUACGAGACCCAUAGAUAUUUAUCAUGUCUUUCCUCAAGUCUGCCGAUGGGUUAUCAAGAGUCCGAUCAUAUCUUGUGUUGCUUUUCAUUAAUUUCAGAUACCUUGACUGUGCAAAACAAGCCAGGAUAAGUGCUCGGUGUUUCUUAUUUGACGUGACCUUUGAACACGCUCAACAUAACAAUAAGGCAAGUAGAGUCUGCCAUUAAUCUUCUGACGGAGGCCAACCAACUUUACACGCAUUUUUCUCUCCUUACGAUGUAAAGUACAAAACAAACAACGGUUGUACAAAAGAUGUGUUUAUUCCUUCGCUCAAUAUUAGUACCUCUAAUAAACGAAAUUUCUUGGCAUGGAAACCUACAUAAUGUAUUUUUACUUUUUUUAAAAUUUGUUUUAGAUCCGUGAAAUGACGAACAAAGACAGCACAUACAAGCACGUUGGACACUUGGCUUUUGUGAAAUACAAGUGAGUCCUUUAAACUGUUGAAAACACCUUUGACGCUUCAUUAGAGGGGUGAACAGACUCAUUUUGAAACUAGAAAGUGUACAUAGUAUCAUACCAACUUGUGUCUAUCAUCCUUCUCUUCAAUACGACUUCAAUUCAACAUCUCGGACCCCUGAAAACAAAAAUAAAACACUGAAGUCCUUAAAAAAGGAAACGAAGACCCAAAACACGAACACGAAAUCCCCAGAACACGAACACGAAGAUCUCAGAACACGAACACGAAGACCCCAAAACACGAACACGAAAACACUAGAACACGAACGCGAAGACCCCAAAACACGAAAACCACGGCUCAACAACAGCAAAAUGGAUGCUCCAAAAACUGUCGAGCUAGUCAAUUAUUGAAACAUGUUUUGACAGCGCUGUGUUUUCCUGCUUGUGAAACACAGAUUUGGAAGAUGUUGCAUGAGUUUUAUUCUUCCGCGAUGAAUGUCUGCUGAUCGGCAGGGGGCGGCUUUACAUUUCCAAUAAAUUUUUCGACAGUGAAAGACGUAAUUGGCGGCUCACCAUGGCUCGAAAAUGGUAAUACAUGUAAACGAAAACCGCCACAAGCUUUCACUGUCCGAAAGAGUAAUAAUAACCAUUAUUUUCUCUUGUUGCGAUGCAACCCAUCACUUUCUAGAAGGCGAAUAUUUUAGUGAAUUCAAAGGAAAGUGAAUCUACAAUACUGUUAACGGAAGUUCGUUUACCUGCGCUGAUUACCCAUACCGCUGAUUACCUGUGGAAAGUGAUUAGCAUCUGAAAUGUUUCUAUAUUGAGGUCAAAUAACACUGGUGUGCAAUACUUCAUGAGAGGUUAUUACAACUUCCGCAUGUUUGAUGUUCUUUUUUUUAAAGCAAAAUCGCGUCAAAACCGAUCAUAACUUUCAAACGCGUGCAAAAUUUUACAAAGGCCAACAUUGAGGAACCUCGUUGUGGGGUCUUCGCUCUCCAAUCUUCGUACUUGGGGUAUUUAUUUUCUUCCCUAGCACCUUGCGCUAAUUCGAACCAGAAUCAGUUUUCCUGGAUUUUCAUAAUCCAUUUACUGCAGACUCGAAACGCUCGAAAUCGAACCUGUUUUCGUUUCGGAACAUUUUCUUUAAAUUUUUGACCUUGAUAAUUUGUACGUGACUUUCGCGGACUACUAAAUUUGAACUUGUGGGGCUCACUUCCUCCUGUGGCGUAGAUUUUUCUUGCAUCUCCCUCAUUACUAAUGAAUAGCAUCGUUCGUUUGAUAAGAGUUUUAAACGUGCUAGGACUAAAAGUCUGUUCCUAUAUCUUCCUACACCUAUGUUUCACGAUGAAAUUUGCGUCCUUCUAUUUACAGGUCUUCGUACGAAGAACCACGUUGCGAAGAAGGCUUUGAAGAGAUUGUUAAAGUAAACUUUGUACCAAGGUUUAAAGACGAUCGCGUGAAAGAAUUGUACAUGCAGUUUCAUAACUGAGUUUCAAGUCAAAGUGACCAGGGAGAGUCACAUAAUUCAAAAACUGAGUGCGUGGCUAGCAUGUAGGGUUGAGUACGCAUACCUAGCGAAUCAUCUCAGCAGCGCACUUUUACCUAUGACUUUUCUGUCAA